AUGUCUGCUACUGUGAGCGGUCGAUCUCGAAGCAUUCUCAUUAAGGUGUGUAACUCUCUAUUAUCUAAUACUGCCUUCGCUCUACUCCCAAAACCCCCAAUUUUUCAAUGCUCACAUUGCUUCAAUACUUCAUCAUCUUCCAAUCGUAAAUGUGAUUAUCUUGAGGAUUUCUCACCUUUAAAGAAUUUAAAUAGUGAAGACGCUGUUAUAAGUCCGAAUGAGAGGCGUAGAAUCAUAUUAGGGUUGGGGAAACUGAUAAAAAAGAAGCAAGGUUUUGUCUUGAAGAAAUUUUCUCGUGAUUUUCGCCCGUUUUUGUUAGUAAAGAUCAUGACACAGUUUGAAAACAGACAUGGCGCGUUUGCAUUUUUCAAAUUCGUGUUCAGGGAGGAGUCGGAUAGAAUAGUCAAGUCGUGUUGCGUUGCAUGCCAUGUGUUGGCUAUGCAUGGUUUCAGGAUUAGAGCACAGGAUGUGUUAUCAUGGAUGAUAAGAAGAAUUGGAGUCUCUAGAGGUCAAGAUUUGAUGGAAUUUAUGUGGAGAGGACAUUUUGGUUAUGAGUCAGAUUUUUCAGUUCUGGAUUCACUUAUGCGUGCUUUCACAAAUGCUGAAAUGGACUCACAUGCAUUACAGAUUUCAAGAAUAAUGAGAGGAUUAGGAAUGCAACCAUGUUUGUCAGCACUUUCAAUUCUCUUUAAAUUGUUACUUAGAAUAGGUGAUUACGGAAGUGUUUGGAAGUUAUUCAGAGAUAUGAUCAGAAAAGGGCCUUUUCCUUCAAACAUCGCAUUCAAUGUAAUGAUCCAUGGGUUCUGUAGGAAAGGUCAAGUUCAAACUGGAGAGAGCUUGUUACACUUAAUGAGUAAGUUUCAAUGUGAACCAGAUGUUUAUACAUAUAACAUUUUGAUCAACGCAUACUGCAUCCAUGGAAGAACAUCAGAUGUUUGGAGUUGGGUUGACUUAAUGGUCAAAAGGGGUUGUACUCCAAACACUGCCACUUUCAGUACAAUCAUCAAUGCCUUGAGCAAAGAGGGAAAAAUUAAGGAAGCAAGAGACAUAUUUGAUGAAAUGCAAGAAAACGGUGUGUCUCCAAAUACUAUUGUUUACAAUGCAUUAAUGGAUGGUUUUGUGAAAGCUAAAGAAAUUGAUAAGGCAACUGAUCUUUUUGAGGAUAUGAAGAACAAUCAUAUCAAAGCAGAUGGUGUGACAUAUAACAUAUUGGUUUCAGGAUACCAUAAAUAUGAAAGAGUCGAAAAUUUAGAUAAUUCAUUAAGUUAUCUAAAUCGAUCCAUGUGUGGUCCACUUUCAGAUUACUCAUGGCCAGAUGUAACAGUAGCAAUAUUGUGUUCAGAAGGAAGAACAGAUGAAGCCACUAAACAUCUAGAAGACAUGCUCAAAGAGGGUUUACCCCUUUCUGUAAUUGCUUUCAAUUCUAUUAUCUGUGCUUAUAGCAAAAAAGGAUUAGAAACAAAGGCAUUCGAUGCAUACCAUAUGAUGAUGAAAUAUGGUUUAACCCCCUCAUCUUCCACAUGUAAUUCCUUGCUCAUGUGUUUAUCAAGAAAUGGAAAACUUCUAGAAGCCGAGGAGCUUAUGCAUUAUAUGAUACAGAAUCAGUUUCCAGUCAAUAAAGUGGCAUUCACUGUAAUUAUAGAUGGGUACUUCAAGAUUGGGGAUGUGAUGGGUGCUCAAAGAUUAUGGGCAUUUAUGAAAAGUAAAAGUAUAUCCCCAGAUACUGUUGCAUUUUCUGCUUACAUUGAUGGAUUAUCUAAAUCUGGUCUUGUUGAAGAGGCGUAUAAUGUGUUCUUACAAAUGAAAAACAAAGGGGUUUUCCCAAAUAAUUUCACUUACAAUUCUUUAAUUGCUGGAUUUUGUAAUGUUGGGAGAUUAAACGAGGCGUUAAAGUUGGAAAAAGAGAUGAUACAAAUGGAUCUUAUUCCUGAUCUUUUCACUAUCAAUAUUCUUAUCAACGGGUAUUGUAAACAGGGUAGAAUGAAGUAUGCUCUUGACACUUAUACAGACAUGCAUCGGUUUAAUUUAGUACCCGAUAUUGUUACUUACAACACUUUGUUAAGUGGAUACUGCAAGGCGUUUGACAUGGAUACUGCAGAUAAUCUUGUAUACAAAAUGUACACCAGUGGGUGGGACCCGGAUAUAACCACUUACAACAUUCGGAUCCACGGGUUUUUUGUUACUCGAAAAAUGAAAAAAGCUGUAUUGGUGCUCAAUCAACUUCUUUCAUCUGGAAUUGUUCCAAAUACAAUCACUUAUAACACAAUGCUGAAUGCUGUUUGCAGUGAUAUACAUAAUGAUGCUAUGAUCUUGACUGCAAAACUGCUGAAAAUGGCUUUUGUUCCCAAUAUUGUGACAACAAAUUUGUUGUUGUCACAUUUGCGUAAGCAAAGGUUGCCACAAAUGGCUUUGAAGUGGGUGGAGGAUUUGAAGGAAUUGUGUCUUGAAUUUGAUGAAGUGACUUAUAAGAUUUUGGAAAGAGCUGAUUGUGAUGUUAAAGAAAGAGGUGAUCAGGGUGUAGAAGAAGAUGCUGUUUAUAUAUCUGAAGAAGGGUUUUUUAUUGAUUUUUUUAUGCACCUUACUUAUGACUAUUUGUGUAGAAAUAAGUUUUAUAGUUCUAGAAGAAUGAUCAAAAGUGGAUCUGGUAGGUCUUGUAAUAUUGAACAACCAAUGUUGGAAGUUAACAAGUGA